UCUCUCUCUCUCACUCUCUCAACGGGUGAAAACAACGUAGUCAAGUCCCACGCUCCGCAACCAAGACUUGUCGGCAUCUCGCUCGCCCUCCGCCUCCGGAUUCCCUUUUAUCUUGGUUUCGGCCUUGGAUGCUUCCGGCCCCGCGAAUCCUUACUUUGCUCCCAGAUCGCUAGGGUUUUCCUGCGGUUCCAUCGAAUCUUGGGCCCCGUUCCCACCCCGGAGCGGUGCGAACGACGGAUCUGCGGAACGGUGAAGGAUCGAGCCGUCAAGCCACGCCGUCCGAUCUUUCUUCCCGAUUCGAGGUACCGGCUUUGAGCUUUAGGGUUCUGCUGCUGCGAUUGCCUGCCUGGAGGAGUUCUACGGUGUCCGGAUCUCAAAUUCCCCUUUAUUCCGUGUGGCCUUGUCCUGGGGAUCGAGUAACGAGGUGCUUUUGCGGGGGGGUUCGACUGUUUUUGGAGCCCACGAGGUCGAGGAUCUAGGAAAGGCGUGGUUUUAACGAGCAGAUGAUAGGUUCCACACGAUCUUUUUGGUGAAAAUGAGGCUUGAGGAAACCCCGUGAUCGAACUUAGGGUUUCCUCCUGGAUGGAGGGCUCGGGGUUACUGGAAUCUCGUGCCCUUGUAUUUAAAAUUUUGGUGAACGCAGGUUUGCGUUGCGUUUAACUAAUUCUCAAGCAUUAUCUCUAGCUUAAAUUCUAGGGUUGGCUUGUGGUUGUAUUGAAUGGUUUAAGAACCAAGUUAGUGUUAUACGCUGGAGCAGGACAGAACCAGCAGAGCAGGAACCUUUGGUUUUGAAGCAGCUGGUGUGGUUGCUUCUGUUUUUUGCUCUGAGAAAUUGGUUAUCCUGUUAUUAUUCUUGAGAUCCAAGUGACCUUCCGGAGAGGAACGUUGAGAAAUUAAUAGGAUUGUUAAUGUUCUCGGAGGCUUCCUUCUUCUGUAACACCCUGACUUGUAGCUCAGAGGUGUGUGGGGAAGGGGAUGAUUGAACAAUUCAUCAACUUUGUGAUACGGCCUCCUAGGGCGGAGUAUAAUCCAGAUCAAUACCUAUGGGAAUCAGAAUUCACUCUUGCAGGCAGAAAAUACAAACGCCUAGACUGGCAGCUUACAAAUGGACGCGGUCACACCUUGCAGUGCAGUCACUAUGUUCCCUCUUUUGUACCAGAAAGUACUGCUCUUCCUUGUGUCAUAUACUGCCAUGGGAAUAGUGGAUGUAGAGCUGAUGCAAAUGAAGCCGCUGUAAUCCUUCUUCCUUCAAAUAUUACUGUCUUCACUCUUGACUUUUCAGGCUCAGGUCUAUCCGGGGGUGACUAUGUCAGCCUUGGUUGGCAUGAGAAAGAUGAUCUUAAAACUGCGGUUUCUUUUCUUCGGAGCAACAAACAAGUUUCUUGUAUUGGACUUUGGGGGCGAUCUAUGGGUGCUGUUACAAGCCUUCUUUAUGGAGCAGAAGACCCCUCUAUCGCUGGCAUGGUGUUAGAUAGUGCCUUUUCCAACUUAUAUGAUCUUAUGAUGGAGCUUGUAGAUGUUUAUAAAAUCCGGCUUCCUAAGUUUACGAUCAGAAUGGCUGUUCAGUACAUGCGACGAAUUAUUCAGAAGAGGGCUAAAUUUGAUAUCAUGGAUCUAAAUGCUGUACAGUUUGCACCGAAGACCUUUAUUCCAGCAUUGUUUGGACAUGCUUCUGAUGACAUAUUUAUUCAGCCCCAUCACUCGGAUCUGAUAUACGAGGCAUAUGCGGGUGACAAGAAUAUUAUCAAAUUUGAGGGUGAUCACAACUCACCCAGACCGCAGUUCUAUUAUGAUUCUGUUUCUAUUUUCUUCUAUAAUGUCUUACAACCCCCGCAAAUUCCUUCAAGUUGCACAAGUAACUUUCAGAGGUACUAUGAUCUAGGAGAACUAAAGGCUGGUGCAGGCACAGAUGAGAGUCUGCUGUACGAAAUCAUCACUAGCCUCCGUGCGGUUAAUACCGAUGCAGCAUGUUCCUCAUCAGCUCCUGGGAAUUCAAAUGGUGCAGGUUCAACUGCAAAAUCAGUCAGUGAACUGUUAUCAGAAAGCGUAGCUCAUAUAUCCAUCGAUAAUGACUUGGAUUUCCUUGUUGAUGAAGACAAUAUGAUUACCAACAUAGGAGGUAACAGUGUCAAUGAAUCUAAUUUACAGGAUUUCGUUGUUGAUAAAGAUAAUAUGGCUACCAACAUGGGAGGUAACAGUGCCGAAGAACCCAAUAUGCAGGAGAAAAGAACUGGACGAGAUGAGGAAUGCUGCUCCUAUUCGAGUUCCAAUAGAGAGAGCUGGGGCAGGUGCUCGUCUUUGGGAGGUAAUAGUGAUGGGUCAUCCUCUGCAGAGUGCACAGCAAGUACCACCAGCAAACACCAGAUGACACUGAGAGCCCUAGCCACACCGCUGAGACGGAUACAACGGAAAUCUUCUGCUAAGCCGAAGAAUAAGAAAAAGGGCACGGCGGUAUCCAAGAAACCAAAGCGUGAGAAGCUGGAGAAGGGUGAAACACUAAGUCAGCGGUUGCGUCUUUGCAUCCUGGGGCGAGCCAACCACAGACGACAUCAAUCAACCUGACCUAUUUCACCACUUGUACCAUAGGGAACAUGUUUGUGUUUGUGGCAGUAGCCUUCUGAUUUAGAAGUCCUUUGAUUAUUAUCUCAGUGUAACCAAAAGUUUGUUCCUUGUCAUGAUCCAUUGGAUCCAUGAAGUUUCUAAGUUUGUUUGCUCUACUGAAAACCUCAAUCUGAAAUCUUCGUUUCCUUGUUGAUGCAA